GAAAGCACAACAAGUGCUUGACAAAAUUCCUAAGCAACAAAAAAAGUCAUUUUAUUAAAUAGUUAAAUAAUUGAAUUUGUCACUUUAAAAACUAUGCAUUGGUUUACAACAACAGAAGCUGGAAAUGGUACCCGAGCGGAAGCAAGUAAAAAGAUUGGAAAUGAAAAAGUUAAUAUGACAGCAGGCGCGUUUAUUGCCAGCAACGCGACCAUGGGUGAAGGCUGCACGGGUAUCUUUGCGGAGGUUAAUGCCCACGGUCAAGGCUUUUCGGUACAGCGUAUAAUAAUGCACAACUUUGGUACCACUCUUACGGGUGGCUUUCAUGCAAGUAUUUUCAAUAAUAAAACGCAUAAAUUUUCCACGUUUUUAAUGUACUCGCAAACCAAAUUUAUUUCUGGCGUCAGCUUUGAUCAUACCAGCUCUGGAUUGUCUUAUACUCACGCUCGGGGUCAUAGUGUUUCAUUUUCUGCCUCUGAAUUCCCGCAAACGAAUAUGGGCAUAAUCGCUGUGGCAGCUAGAGCGAAUAUCUGGAGCUCAAUAAGUUCGGCUACCACAUUGGGAAUAGCAGUAGUUGUGACACGCCACUUUAGAGGCCCAUUAGCUGGAAGAUAUGCUUUUGGCGGAAGUUUAAGGUUUUCGCAUAACUUUUGAGUGCCAAACUCUUCGAUAUUGAAAAGUAUACGAGUACAAAUUUCAAAGAAUCAGUGAGAGCUUUCACAGCUGAUAUCUUGGCUUUCGAAAACAGUAUUAAAUCUCUCUGCAUCUAUUAAAAUUUCAUAAAAAUGUGAUAUUUUACUUGUAUUGUUA